ACUUGCACGCUGAGGGACGCCGUGGAGGAGAAAGACAACGCAGCGAACAAAACACACAAUGGCGACGGCGGCGACAACGGCAGGCGGAACGGGCUCGGGUGGACCGACCACUGGCCCCGUCGGUGGUUUAACCGCAGUGGGACGAAAGAAAGACGGUGGUCCGUCUGCGAAAUUUUGGGAAAGUUCAGACACGAUAUCCCAGCUGGAGACGGUGCGACUCUGGAUCGGAAAGCACUACAAGAAGUACGUCCAGAAUGACUCCCCCUCCAGUAAAUCCCUGGCAGGUCUCGUGGUCCAACUGCUGCAUUUCCAGGAAGACGCAUUUGGGCGAAGAGUCAACAAUCCUGCUCUUACAAAGCUACCUGCCAAGUGUUUCCUGGAUUUCAAGGCAGGAGGUGCUCUCUGUCACAUUUUGGGAUCUGUCUACAAGUUUAAGAGCGAGCAAGGCUGGCGAAGAUUUGACCUACAGAAUCCCUCCCGGAUGGACAGGAACGUGGAAAUGUUCUUAAAUGUUGAAAAGAACCUGGUCCAGAAUAACUGCUUGACUCGACCCACUGUUUACCUGUCGCCAGACAUCGAGCAGAAACAGGCUAGUAAGCUCAAAGACAUCAUCAAAAGACACCAGGGCUCCAUUACUGAUGACAAGUCGAAGGCCACCCAUAUCAUUUACCCAUCACUAUCCCAGCAAGAAGAAGAGGAGUGGCUGCGUCCUGUCAUGAGAAAAGACAAGCAGGUGCUUGUCCAUUGGGGUCUCUACCCAGACAGCUACGACACCUGGGUGUCAGCCAGUGAGUUAGACGGUGACCCAGAGGACCCACCCAGCACUGACAGACCUUGGAAGGUCCAUGCCAAGUGGGUUUUAGACACAGAUGCCUUCAAUGAGUGGAUGAAUGAGGAAGACUACGAAGUGGAUGAGAACAAGAAGCCAGUCAGCUUCCGCCAGAAGAUUUUCCCCAAAGAGGAAGAGUCUUCCCGUACACCCGAUCGCAAGGAGCGCAAGGCCAACUCUGCGGGAAAGAAGAGGAGGCGCUCACCCUCUCCACCCAGCACUCCAGCCGAGUCCCGUAAGAAGGGAGGCAAGAAGGGGAACCCGGGACCUCACUGGAAACGACGGGGCCACAGAGGAGAAGAGGAGGACACUGAAGAGGACAUGACAAAAGACAUGGACGAUUCCUCAGCUGGUGCUAGCAUGGAGGAGGGCAGCAUCUCCAAGAAUGCAAAUUCAAAGAAAGACAGCGAGAAUACACCGGUCAAAGGAGGGCAUGUGGCCGACUUGGAUGACAUGGAAGAUGAAUCUGUGAUGUCUGGUGGAAAGGAUGAUGAGGAACAAGGCAAAAGUGAAAUAAACCGACUGGAUGCCAAUGAGGACAAUGUGACUGAACAGACGCAUCACAUCGUUAUCCCCAGCUAUGCUGCUUGGUUUGACUACAACAGCAUCCAUGAGAUUGAGAGACGAGCCUUGCCAGAGUUUUUCAACGGAAAGAACAAGUCCAAAACUCCAGAAAUAUACCUGGCCUAUCGCAACUUCAUGAUCGACACGUAUCGGCUGAAUCCUCAGGAGUACCUCACCUCCACCUCCUGCCGCAGGAACCUGACUGGAGAUGUUUGCGCCAUCAUGAGGGUACAUGCAUUCUUGGAGCAGUGGGGUUUGGUGAACUACCAGGUCGAUGCAGAGUCUCGUCCAUUGCCGAUGGGCCCCCCACCCACUCCUCAUUUUACUGUGCUGGCUGACACACCCUCUGGCCUCAUGCCUCUUAACCACAGACCCCAACCGAUUCCUCCUCCACAGCCAAUGCCCAAUUUUGCAGACAAAAGCAAAGACAAGCCCAUCGACCUGCAGAACUUUAGCCUUCGUUCUGACCUCUACAACAGGAAAAGCAUCAAGGGUAAAGCAGGCAGCACUACCAGAGAUUGGACUGAGCAGGAGACUCUGCUGCUGCUCGAGGCCCUGGAGAUGUAUAAAGAUGACUGGAACAAGGUUUCAGAGCAUGUUGGUUCACGCACCCAAGAUGAGUGCAUCCUGCACUUCCUGCGAUUGCCUAUUGAAGAUCCAUACCUGGAGAGUACGGAGGCCACACUUGGGCCUCUUUCCUAUCAGCCCAUACCUUUCAGCCAGUCUGGGAACCCAGUCAUGAGCACAGUAGCCUUCCUGGCAUCUGUUGUGGAUCCCAGAGUGGCAUCUGCUGCAGCCAAGGCAGCACUAGAGGAGUUCUCUCGUGUGCGUGAAGAGGUGCCAGCUGAGUUGGUGGAGGCUCACGUGAAGAAGGUGCAGGAGGCGGCCAGAACUACUGGGAAGGUGGAUCCCGCCUUUGGUUUGGAGAGCAGCGGCAUUGCUGGAACUGCCCCCGAGGAGCCAGAAAAGACUGAAACCACAGAGCCGGAAAAGAUGGAAACAGACUCUGACUCCCAGCAGGUUGACAAGGGUGAGUUGAAGGAUGAAGCUGAGAAGCCGAGCGAGUCUGCCGAGAAGAGCGACAAGACAGAAGCAACAGAAAAGGUGAAAAAAGAGGGAGCGGAGGCAUCGGAGCGUGAAGAAGAGAAUGAAGAGGGAGGGGAGGCUAAGACCGCUCAAGCAGACAAAGACAAAGAGGAGUCUAUGGAGACAUCAUCUUCAGACCAGGAGAAGGAGAAGGAGGAGAAAACCCCUACAGAGGAGGGAGAGGACAAGGGCAAGAAGCUGGAACAUGAUAUCGGAGAAGGAAACAUUGCCACUGCGGCUGCUGCUGCCUUGGCAUCUGCUGCCACAAAAGCCAAGCAUUUGGCAGCAGUGGAGGAGCGGAAGAUCAAGUCCUUGGUGGCUCUGCUGGUCGAGACCCAGAUGAAGAAACUGGAGAUCAAGUUGAGACACUUUGAGGAACUUGAGACCAUCAUGGACCGUGAGAAAGAGGCUUUGGAGCUUCAGAGGCAGCAGCUGCUAACCGAGCGUCAGGCAUUCCACAUGGAGCAACUCAAAUACGCUGAAAUGAAGGCGAGGCAGCAGAUGGAGCAGCAAGCGGCAGCCGCGGCUGCUGCUGCUGCAGCUGCCCAGGCCCAAGGACAGGGACAGGGGCCUGGGGCUGGACCACACUCUGGGCCCCCUCCACCAGGCAUGCACCCAGGAGGACCUACACCACACCACGGAGGACCUCCUCCCCACCACGGAGCACCUCCACCACACCAUGGAGGGCCCCCACCCGGCGCUGCAAUGCACCCUGGCUACCCCCCAAUGGGUCACCACCCAAUGGCCCCUCACCACCCAGGACAGACAGGACCAAUGGGACCAGGUCAGCCAAUGCCUGGACGUAUGAUGUCUGGCCCUCCUUCUGCUGGGCCUCCUCCCGGUGGCAUGCCUCCCAUGAUGCCCCCACGCCACCCCGGAGCCCCCAACGGCAUGUAUCCUGGUCCACCACCUGCACAGCCUGAAGCGAUCCCUCCUGCUCCUGUAGGUCCUCCAGCACCUCCGAGUGGGCGAGUGGCUGACAACUAAGAGCUACACACAAACACGCGCGGACACACACACACACACAAAAGCACACAAGCUUGAAGCUAACUCUCUGAACAUCAACCCCUUUUUGAUGGCCUUUGCUACUGGCUCGGUAUUUUUCACUCAGCACUCACAUCUACUAUAAACUUCAUCGCAGGAUACACACACACACACACACACACACACACAGGGUUCAAAAGCAGAGGUAACCUGACAUUUCACACAUGCACCCAUACAUGCAGACUUCCACUCAGGGCACAGCGGCAAGGGUCGUCUACUUAUAAACACUGUUUUCUGCUCUGUUGGGCCAAACCAAGGAUGUAGAGAAUGACCCUGUGUACAGAAAGCAAAACAAGGAGACAGAACAAAUAAUGAUUUAAAAAACUGUCUCAUCUCUUUCUUUCUUUUUUCCUCCUUUCUUUUUCCAGUGCUGUUUUAAUUGCACUUAAACCCCCUUCCAGUCUCACAAAACACACGCCCUGCUUUUUGUCUGGUUCCUCUUUCUCCAAGACAAACACUAGGGGGAGCUAGCGAGACUAGAGAGCUGGUGUGACCUGUAGGGGUGGGUGGUGUGUGUGUGUGUGUGUGUGUAUUGAAGCAAGCAGAUUUUUCAGACAUUAACAUGAAUAAAACACACAUGGGGGACCCAGCCUGCCCUCACUCUUGUCUUGUCGAGUAUCUACCUCUCGCUCCUCUUGAAAUGAUACACUGUAGUUUUGUGUGUGUGAGUGUGUGUCUGUGAAUGUGUGUGUCAGACAGAGGGGCUGGGUGAUGGUCAUUUGUGCCUUUUUUUUGUUUUUUUUAAUGUAUGGAAUCUGUUUUUUACUCACUUCUCCUCUAGCUGAUUUUGAGAUAUAAAGUCAAAACUGAACAAAGAGGCAGGCGGAGAUUUAACUUUAGGUCUGCCUUUGUCUGAUAAGGUGCAUCCUCCUUGACCCCCCAAAAAUGGCAGCUGUAAAUACUGUUAACAGUAUCUGAGUAUAGACGUGAGAGACAGUACCUGCUGAAAAGGUUUAAAUUGUUCUUAGUUGUGCUUGAAAUGUAAGGGUUCAACUAAAAUUACUUAUUUUUUUUCCAACUUUUUACUGGACUUUUUACUGGACUUUAAAAUUCCAUUUAAAAAAAGACCAGAAAUUUCCAAGUUAUCUUCUCAGUACUUUGUGACCUCCUAAUCAGAGAAGUAAAAUCUUUAAAUUGUAUGAUUUUAACAUUUAAAAGUUUUGCCUACUAAAGACAUUUGCAGUAUUUAGCAAAUAUAAACUAAAUUGGAAGCUAAAUCUCAUUUUGUGAGGCACAAGUUAGGACUUUCCGGCCAUGAAAGGAAGUACAUCCACCUCCUUCCUCUGUCUGUCACACCACCUGCAGCACUGUAACGCACACACACAGACAUGUAAGCUAAGCUGUGGCGAACACUGGAGGCUGCAUGCACACACCGACUUGGCCAGACCCUGCCACAAAGCACUGGACAAACACACAUGUAAUCUCCUGCUGACCUUCACACAGCCUUUACAGAGAGGGAGACGCUGUGAUGCGGCUGAAACAUCACAACACGACGAUGCUCUUCCUCAGCACGGUGGGCUUCUAGAUGUUUUUAGGUGCUGAUACUGUAGCGAUUAAACCCCGCCCCCCUCUCUUAUGCUCAGUUUCUUCACGCCUAGUGCUGCCUACCUCGCUAACCCCUCUUCCCCCUCCUCACCUCUUUAGUGCACGUUUUGCAUUAAUUUCCAGCUACUGUAAAUCUCUGCAAUAUCCUCAUUUUUGUGUAUCAAACCAUUACACAGAAAAAUAUUAAGUUACUAAGUAAUCAUAACUGUUUAGUCCUUAAACGCUCUGUCCUGUCAUGUCACAGUAAAUUAAAUUAAACAAGGGGCGAAACCACUGAAUACUUGUGUGCAGAUUUGGUAUUUAAAUAUCAGCUACUCAAGCUGGAUGCUGGUUUCCUUUAAAUUUCCCAUUACAGAAAAAGCUAAAGUAACCUCAGCUGAGAGAAAAACAGUUAUUGCGUGUUAAUUUUCAGUAUCAGCUGAACAAAGUGUCUGAAAAAAUUAAAAUUAAAUCCCGUAGCUAUAAAAGGGG